AUUGAUUUAAUCUGGUCGACCAAAGAAGGGUCCAUAACUUCUAUUCAAGCUGUUUAUGUACCUGCAGAUGAUUUGACCGACCCUGCUCCUGCUACGACAUUUGCACAUUUAGAUGCUACGACCGUAUUAUCAAGAGGAUUGGCUGCCAAAGGUAUCUAUCCAGCAGUAGAUCCUUUAGAUUCAACGUCAACUAUGCUACAACCCCGGAUCGUUGGUGACGAACAUUAUGAAACUGCAAAACAGGUUAAGCAAACUUUACAACGUUACAAAGAACUUCAAGAUAUUAUAGCUAUUCUUGGAUUAGACGAAUUAUCCGAAGAAGAUCGUUUAACCGUAGCAAGAGCGCGAAAAAUUGAGCGUUUCUUAUCACAACCUUUUUUCAUAGCAGAAGUAUUUACGGGUUCUCCGGGAAAAUAUGUUGGUUUAGUAGAAACAAUUAGAGGCUUUCAAUUAAUCCUUUCCGGAGAAUUAGAUGGUCUUCCCGAACAGGCCUUUUAUUUGGUAGGUAACAUCGAUGAAGCUACGGCGAAGGCUAUGAACUUAGAAAUGGAGAGCAAUUCGAAGAAAUGACCUUAAAUCUUUGUGUACUGACCCCUAAUCGAAUAGUUUGGGAUUCAGAAGUGAAAGAAAUCAUUUUAUCUACUAAUAGUGGACAAAUUGGCGUAUUACCAAAUCACGCUCCUAUUGCCACAGCAGUAGAUAUAGGUAUUUUGAGAAUACGCCUUAAUGACCAAUGGCUAACGAUGGCUCUGAUGGGCGGUUUUGCUAGAAUAGGUAAUAAUGAAAUCACUGUUUUAGUAAAUGAUGCAGAGAAAAGUAGUGACAUUGAUCCACAAGAAGCUCAGCAAACUCUUGAAAUAGCAGAAGCUGCUUUGAGAAAAGCUGAAGGAAAGAGACAAACAAUCGAGGCAAAUCUAGCUCUCCGACGGGCUAGGACACGAGUAGAGGCUAUCAAUGCCAUUUCAUAACCAGUCGGUGCGUCCAAAUAAGCAUCGAUUUAUACUUUGGUUGUUUUGUUUGACUUGAUUCUGUCGAUUAAAAACAAUCAAGCGCAAUCAUAUUUUGAUGCAACGAAAAAAAA